AGGUUCCAGCGCCCAUGGCUUCGAGACUAAGUUUCUUCUCCCUUGGCUUCGUAGCACUUGGGAUGGACAAUCUCACUGCCUUCACCUCCAAGGAGUUUGGUGAAGUGAUGCAAUGCGAGUCUCCCAAGAAUUCCUUUCACAUGGAGGGCGGCGACUGGACUUUUGUGUGGAACCCAUCUCCUGGAAUCCUUUGGGGCGAUCUCCUUACCUCCUGGGAAAAAGGGCCGCGAAAUGAGAGGUACAUUGCUUUUGACUACACAUUUCUAUCUAAGAGCUUCAAGAUCAACAAUCGCAGUGAAAUCGCCCUGGAGUUCGGUGUCGCCAGCCUGCCCUUGACAUUGUGGAUUCAGCAGACCUACAAGCUGACCCUUCCCCUACCUGUAGCCACUGGUUGCAAUAAGUAUUGGGCCACCCUCGGCUUUGGAGGAUUCUACGUCUACCCUUGGGAGCUAGUGGUCUACAAGAGUCCAGGCUUUGACCAGGCCGGUUGGCCACCGCGACAUCUAGAUGCAGUGGUCAAGGAUCUGGCGUGGCGCAUUCGGUUCAAGCCAAAAGUAAAGACGAUGAGUGGUGAGAAAGCGGAAGAUCCACAGUCACUGCAGUUGCGGCUCAGCGUCUAUUUUGAGUUGAGGCCCGUCUUCGGAGACGAAGAAAGCACCACAUCCACCACGGGCAAAACCACAGACACCACGACGACAACACCGAAGCCGUAUGUUCGACGCAGAAGGGAUUGGAAACCUGACCCAAAGGACGUUCCACUCUUGGUGGUCAAGUGGUGUGAAUUGUAUGUUUUCAGCAGACGCAUUUGCAACAUCAAGGUUCGAUGCUUGGCUGACCCGCACUGGGUUUGCUGGCUAAAAUGCCUGGGGGAUGCUGCCACUACAGUGACUACACCCUCCAAAAGCUAUGAAAAGAUGGUCGUGGACAAUGCCCGUGCGGUGCAGAGAUCCUCCGAGAUGUUUUUCCAACGGAGGCGGAGGACCUUGAGAGUUCCCAGUGGGGUGCUGUUUGAUACGCCCGAGCUGGAGAAGCUGCUGUCUGCUUCGGAGAGGCAAAGGCUGAAGGCCUUCAAGGCUUCCAUGGCGGAGACGCAGCCGGUGCCUCCGGCCUCCAUCUCGGUGCAGGACGGGCGCUGCGCGGAAUCGGCCAUUGGAGGCGGCUGCAAGUGCGUGGAUGACUGUUCUCAAGCUACGUGGGGUCAAGAGAAUCAUCUUGAUGGCAGAAGCUAUGUGUGCCAGCGAUAUGGAGAGCAGAUGGAGGUGAUCCAGCAGGAGGUCGUGAGUAUUUGUGCUGAGGGUCGGCAACUGGUGCCUGGCCAUGAAGCUCGUGGAAAGCUCACGCAGGAGGGGGGCAUCAUCACCAGCUGUCGCAGAGGCACUUUGAUUGGUGGGUCCUGCAAUUCUGAUCCAUCGAAAGGCGAUGAUGAGAACGGGAAGCCGGGCUUCUACGCUUCAUUUGCCGACGGAAAUCAAUUCGUUUGCAAGGGCACGGGUGAAAUGACUGAGGAGCCAAGCCGUAAUGCCGUUGCGAGAGCACAUUGCCUGGAAUUGGCAGACAAUGAGGACAUUAAGGUGAUCUCGGCUGAGGGCCGAGAGCUCGCUUCGGCCAAGUGCCCAGAAGGUUACCAGGUGCUUGGAGGAGGCUGCAGAAUCAUUGAAUCCUGGUCUGGCCUGGUUCGAGAGAUGUUCCCCACGGCCGACAAUACGCGGCUGGCUUAUUGCUGCUGUGAAUGUGGCCUCUGAGAUAGGAAACCACGGUGAUUUUGGGGUGGGUUUCCCUAUCUGGUGGCCUCUUCCAGGGCCCCGCAAGUCCGACAAGUCCGACGGCCAAUUUGUGAUAAGGCUAUGGUGGCAUCAUAACCCCAUCCCUAGAUGAACAUCGAAAAUGGAAAAUGCUACCAAUAUGGGACCCUAAGGGGUGACUCCGAUACAUUUCACCAGCGUCUUGCGUGGGAGGUGUUUGAUACUGUAAUUAAUGUGUAUGUGCUAUGGUCAAAAACUUGGGUACCUUGCCUAGAUCGGGGGAUGGUCAUCAAGCUAGCAAGAAGGGUUGAUAUGCCGAUUAUAACAUAAAGAUUCCCGAUAUCGGAUGGAUGCCCAUACUUACACCACAUACCAUUGUUUGGCAAUGGCGCAUAUGGACACACAUGGGGGGAAGAUAUUAUUUUACAUGCAUACAAACCGUAGACAUGGAAUAUACAUGAGUUACAUGAAUAUAGAUACAUCUUUGCGAACGGGCUGAAAAAGUGUUGCAAGCAGCAAUGAGG